AUGACUGGCGGCGGGUCGCUGGACGAUCUCAAGAUGGAGUUCUUGAAGCUGGUCAUGGAGCUACUUCACCAUGACAACCCAGGGAACGUGGCUGAGGCCUAUGGAUACUUGAACGAGAUCAUGAAGGAGGUGGCCAAGGAGGAGGUGAAGGUGCUCACCAGCAACUUCUUAGACCUAUUCUUGCCCACCGACGACAAGCCGUCGUCGUUGCAAGCUGGCAAGAAAUCCAACGCCGCCGCAGCUGCAGACCUGCUGGAGAUGGUGAAGGAGGCGACUGAGCCGAUGGAGAUCGCCAGGGCGGAGGCAAGGUACAUCGGGGCUCAGCUCCUGUGGCUGAUACAAGUGUUCAUCCACAAGUUCGUCGACGAACUGAGCCAGGAAGGCCACAGCCCCAAAGUCCUCGCCAUCGUUGCACCACCGCCUCCAUCUCCGGACGACGACGAGACCGACGACCGCCAUGAGGCGCACGCGACGGAGCUCGCGAGGAAGGUCUACGAGGACCCGAUCGCGGUCGACCAUUUCAAGACCAGAGUGUGGGUCAAUGCCAAGCGUCACUCCAGGCCCGAGGAGAGGCUGCGGAUCAUCCUCCAGGAGGUGCUUCGUCAGGAGCACGAGCAGCUUGGCUCGAGCGCUGUCGCUGACGAGGUGGCACCCGAGUGGGACAACAAGAAGGUGAAGAAGGAGCUCCGCAAGCACCUCGACGGCAAGCGGUUCUUGAUUGUCCUUGCCGACCCGGAGGACGAGGAGUCAUGGUGGGACGUCACCUCCGCCCUGCCCAACCACGGCGACAGCGCCGUCGUCGUCACGCCCUACAUACAGCACACGGCACAGUUCCACGCAUGGCACACGGCGAUCUGGUUCUUCAUGCUCACCGGCAACUCCUCUCGCUAUGAGGUGCACUUCUGCACCAACCUCGUGGCUCUACGGAAGGUCGCUGUUCAACUGGUCAGCAGCGAGCAUUUGCAGGGCACCAUCUAUGCCAUCCUCAAGAAAUGCCACUGGGACUCAUUUGCCACCAUGAUGUUCCUCAACGCUCUCUACGCCAAUCCACGGAGGAGCAAGGGAGAGCUAGAGAAACUGCUACUUCUCCUUAAACACUCCAGUUCCAAUAGGGUUGACAAUGCCAGGAACAUGAUCAUCUUCUCUAUAGAAGACUUGCCUAGCCAGUACCAGAGGUGCUUGUUGUGCCUCAACGUGUUUCCCCAAGACACCAAGUUCAAGAGGACGAGACUAGUCCGGCGCUGGGCUGCCGAGAGCUUCAUCAAUGGGAGAGAUGGGCAGAUGAGCGCCGUGGAUGAAGCCGAGCGCUGCUUCGACGCGCUCAUCGCCCGUGGCCUCCUCCUCCGUACCGAGGUUGGCCCUGCCGGCAAGGUCAAGACCUGCACCAUGCACCCACUCGUCUUCUCGCUCGUCACCAAGAUGGCCAGCGACGUCGACGACAUUGAGGGUAGCAACAGUAGUAGCUCUGAUCUUCCUCAUGAUCUGGCCCUCCGCCUUUCCACCCAUCGCACCGGUCUUCGACUGUUGCUGCUACAGGAGAAGCAUGCUGCUACUGCUACACAAGUUAGCAUCGCCACACGCUGUUGGAGAGUCCUCCGUGGUCGCAAAACCACCACGGCUUCCAAGGACGACGAGACCAACUCAUCGCAGCAACAGGAUGUUGUGACAUUUCUCAAUUUGUUGCCUGCAUCAUCGUCAGACCAGCUAGGACUGGUCAAAGUGCUAGACCUGGAGGGUUGUAGAGGACUGACGAAGCAUAGCCUCAAGAAGAUCUGUGACAAGAUAUUCCAGCUCAGGUAUCUAAGCCUAAGGGACACUGAUGCAACUGAGCUUCCUAAGGAAAUCGACAAGCUCCGGUACCUAGAGACGCUUGACAUCAGGCAAACCAAGAUAGCCUCAUUCCCUGCAAAUACCAUUGCCCUCCCAAAGUUGAUUCAUCUCCUUGCUGGCCACUACACUGAUAAUCAAAAACACGGCGACAAGUCCUUCUCCACCAUUCACCUUCCUCGUGGGAUCGGGGGCAUGACAUCCAUGCAGGUGUUGUCCCAUGUCGAGGUCUCUCAGCUGAAUGACAUGGAGGAGCUAACAGACAUUGGCCGGAAGUUGCAACAGCUAAGGAAGCUAGGUGUGGUCAUUCAUGAUGACGACAACAAGACUCAUCUCCUCAAAGUUCUCCGGGUAGUCAGCAAGUUGCAUGAGUGCCUGUGCUCAUUGUCAAUCCAUAUCGAACCAGCAUCAGCACUCGACAAGAAGCGUCAUGUUGUUGCUGAUCAUGGCGAUGACAAUUCUCGUUCUUCCUCCAAGGGGAGUUGUGAUGGUGGUAGUGCUGGUGUUGCUGCAGCAAAUCUUGAUCAAGUCGCAGAUCUCGACAGUGACGAGGUGAGGCAGGCACCACCCACAUCUCUCACAAGUCUACUCAUCAAGGGCAGGAUAUCUGGACUGCCUGCUUGGAUCAAAAGGCUUCCUCGUCUUCUCAAGGUAACCCUGUGGCGUACCUACUUGAAAGAAAGUGAUGUGAGGCUCCUAGGUCAGCUUGUCAACCUACGCCAUGUCAGGCUCUGGGCUAACUCAUAUAAACAGAAGAAACUUGCAUUGAUGGGAAAGGAAUUCAGGAGGCUGGAAUUCCUUGUGGUCGAGGGCUCGGACAUCACUGAUAUCUAUUUCGACCAGGGUGCAGCUCCUAAGCUUGAGAAAAUUGCUUGGACUUCCACUUCUGAAGACCAAGUUGAUAUGUUUGGAAUUGCUAACCUUCUCAACCUGACAGAGAUUGAACUUAAUGGAAAAUGUGAACCUAUUAAGAUAGAGCGCAUCCAACAGGACAUGAAGGAGAUUCCCAACCGCCCUAAACUUACUGGAACUGCUACCUCCGCCUUUUCUUCUGCUUCUGCAAGCAACAUCUCUGCUCCUAAGUAG